ACAGCCACUAGUUGAAAUGUCAAAUGGGACCCACAAAACCUGAAGUGGGUGGGUCAGUAACCGGUAAUUUAAGUUUUCAACUACCGACGCAGUUCCAUUUGCCUCCUCUCUGGGUUUCUCCUCCGCACAUCUUUCCUAACUCGCUCACCGCCACUCACUCUCCCCCACCGAGUCACACUCACCGACACACCGAGUGGAGAUCCAACCCAACGAUUCACCAACUCGGUAACUCACAUUGAUUCAACACCUCCACCGCCACCGAGUCACCCACUCACUUCCCCGCCGUGGCUAAAUCAACACAGAUGGAAUCGUCUUCCGACGAGGAAGACGACCGCCACAACCUCAUCCAACAGAACGAGAGGAGGAAGCCUCGCACUCCUCCUCCCUCCACCGCCGCCACAUUCCACGUCGAAGAUUUCACCUCACGAUGCCGCCGCCUCAAUUUCCGCCUCCAGAAGAAGCACAUUCUCGCCGUUCUAGCUCUCCUCCUCGUCCUCAUCUUCUACUCCGUCACCGAUCUCCGCAGCCACUUCUCCAUGCCCUCCUUCAAGUUCGAUUCUCUCGCCGAUCAAAUGAAGGAGUCCGAAUUGCGCGCCAUUAACCUCUUGCGCCAACAGCAACUAGGGCUCUUAACCGCUUGGAAUCGCACUUCCCAAUCCAACACUUCAGAUCCGAACUUGGAGGAUCUGAAAUCUGCGUUGUUCAAGCAGAUUUCCAUCAACAGAGAGAUUCAGCAGAUUCUGCUGAAUCCACACCGGACAGAGAACGUGGUUGAGCCUGAAUUCGAUUUCGGAAACGCUAGUUUAGGGUUUGAUGGUGCUGAUUACGACAGAUGUAGAACAGUGGAUCAGAAACUUUCACAGAGAAGAACAGUUGAGUGGAACCCUAAAGAUGGGAAGUUUUUGCUUGCUAUUUGUGUUUCUGGUCAGAUGUCAAACCAUUUGAUUUGCUUGGAGAAGCACAUGUUUUUCGCGGCGCUUCUUAAUCGAGUGUUGGUUAUUCCUAGCUCCAAAGUGGAUUACCAGUAUGAUAGGGUUGUGGACAUUGAUCACAUUAACAAGUGUUUGGGGAAGAAAGUGGUGGUUUCCUUUGAAGAGUUUUCGAAGACUAAAAAGGAUCACUUGCACAUUGACAAGUUUCUGUGUUAUUUUUCGAAGCCUCAACCUUGUUAUUUGGAUGAUGAUCACUUGAAGAAGUUGGGUAAUUUGGGUUUGUCUAUGAGUAAACCUGAGGUUGUUUGGGAUGAGGAUAUCAAGAGCCCGAAGAAGAAGACAGUUCAGGAUGUUCUGGGGAAAUUUGAGCAUGGUGAUGAUGUUAUGGCAAUUGGGGAUGUGUUCUAUGCUGAAGUGGAGAAAGAAUGGGUGAUGCAACCGGGUGGGCCAAUUGCGCACAAAUGCAAGACGCUGAUUGAACCUAGUCGGCUUAUUUUGCUCACAGCCCAGCGUUUUGUUCAGACAUUCCUUGGGAGGAACUUCAUUGCAUUGCACUUUCGGAGACACGGUUUUUUGAAAUUCUGCAAUGCUAAGAAACCGAGUUGCUUUUACCCCAUUCCUCAAGCUGCAGAUUGCCUCUUGAGGGUGGUUGAGAGAGCCGAUGCGCCUGUCAUUUAUCUUUCUACCGAUGCAGCAGAAAGUGAAACUGGUCUGCUUCAGUCACUAGUUGUGCUGAAUGGCCGGCCUGUUCCACUUGUAAUACGCCCAGCUCGAAAUUCAGCUGAAAAAUGGGAUGCUUUGUUAUACAGGCAUCAUAUUGAGGGAGAUUCACAGGUGGAAGCUAUGUUAGACAAGACUAUAUGUGCCAUGUCUAGCGUUUUCAUCGGAGCACCUGGUUCGACUUUCACUGAAGACAUCCUGCGGCUGAGAAAGGACUGGGGAUCAGCAUCGUUGUGUGAUGAGUACCUUUGCCAAGGGGAAGAACCAAAUAUUGUAGCAGAAAAUGAAUGAAGAAUGAAUAGAAGACAGGUUUCUCGUUCCGUUACUAUUUGUUCAAUGAUAGGUGUGUUUCGAUUUUUUCAAUGUGCCAUUUAUGAUGAUAGAAUUGGCAAUGUUGUUGUUGAUAAGUUUUACUGUACUUCUUAUACGUAUUCUUUUAUCACAUUGAUUACCAUUUGUAAAAUAUACACAUUGAUCCUGAA